GUCUGUUUGUGAAUGAGCCGCUCAGUUUCUCAAUGGAGCCGCGGGGGGCUCGGGCGGCUGCUGUGCGGCCGCAGUGCUGGCCGUGAGCCGGGAGAGGGGCGCAUUUUCCUCUCUCUCUGCCUGCCUCCCUCUCUGUCGCUGCGGCCGCUCUUGAGGAGCCGGGCUGGGAGGCCGCCGCGCGGGUCGCAGGGCCCGCGGCCCCGAGGCGCCGUCACGUUCCGGAGGAGCCGGAGUGCGGCCAAAGAAGCGGGACACGGAGGAAGCGGCGGCCCUGGGGAACUUUCCGCUACGACCCUUCGCUCUGGGCUGAGCAGUUCUUGAUUUCAUCUUCCCUUCUUCGUCCCGAUCGUCUAAUAUCUCCUUGCUUGCGCUUCUUUUUUUCCCCCGGGAGAGGAGGGGGAGUGUGAGGAAAGGAGAGAAGAAAAUAAAAAAGGAUUCCCCCCCGGAAGACAGCGACAGUCCAGAGAGGUUUUUCUUGAGGAAGCAGAAGCGGCGUUUGCAGCCGCCGUGGGCGCCGGGCCCCGCCGGCCCGACCAUGCGCGAGCCGGCCUCGGGCUGCUGAGGCUCCGGGACGCGGAAGCGGAGGCCGAGCGCGCCGGCCUCCGGAGCGAGUUCUGGCCGGCGGGAGGAGGCGGCGGCGGCGGCAUGGAGCCCGUGACCGCGCCCCGGCCCGACAUGGCGCCGGAGCUGACCCCGGAGGAGGAGCAGGCCACCAAGCAGUUUCUUGAAGAGAUUAACAAGUGGACAGUGCAGUACAAUGUUUCUCCACUCUCUUGGAACGUGGCUGUCAAGUUCCUCAUGGCCAGGAAGUUUGAUGUGCUCCGCGCCGUAGAGUUAUUCCACUCCUACCGAGAAACUCGAAGGAAGGAAGGCAUUGUGAAGCUGAAACCUCAUGAGGAACCUCUCCGUUCUGAAAUCCUCAGUGGAAAAUUUACCAUCUUAAAUGUUCGAGACCCAACAGGAGCUUCCAUAGCUCUGUUUACUGCCAGAUUGCAUCAUCCCCACAAGUCAGUCCAACAUGUGGUACUUCAGGCUCUAUUUUACUUGCUAGACAGAGCAGUGGAUAGCUUUGAAACUCAAAGGAAUGGACUGGUGUUUAUCUAUGACAUGUGUGGUUCUAAUUACACCAACUUUGAGCUGGAUCUUGGCAAGAAAGUCCUAAACCUGCUGAAGGGAGCAUUUCCAGCUCGUUUGAAGAAGGUGCUAAUUGUGGGAGCACCCAUAUGGUUCCGAGUGCCCUAUUCCAUCAUCAGCCUCCUCCUGAAGGACAAAGUCCGGGAAAGGAUUCAAAUAUUAAAGACAUCUGAGGUCACCCACCACCUGCCUAGGGAGUGCCUUCCAGAAAACCUGGGUGGAUAUGUCAAAAUUGACCUCGACACUUGGAAUUUCCAGUUUCUACCCCAGGUGAAUGGCCACCCAGAUCCCUUCGAUGAGAUCAUCCAGUUCUCUCUCCCUCCUGCCUUAGACUGGGACUCAGUACACGUUCCAGGUCCCCAUGCUAUGACCAUCCAAGAGUUGGUGGACCAUGUUAAUACCAGGCAAAAGCAGGGAAUAUAUGAGGAGUAUGAAGACAUUCGUCGUGAGAACCCCGUUGGCACUUUCCAUUGUUCCAUGUCUCCAGGAAACCUAGAGAAGAACCGUUAUGGGGAUGUACCCUGCCUGGACCAAACUAGAGUGAAGCUGACAAAGCGAAGUGGCCAUACUCAGACAGAUUACAUCAACGCCAGUUUCAUGGAUGGCUAUAAGCAGAAGAAUGCUUACAUUGGUACACAAGGCCCUUUGGAGAACACUUACCGUGAUUUCUGGCUUAUGGUAUGGGAGCAGAAAGUCUUGGUGAUUGUCAUGACCACCCGCUUUGAGGAAGGUGGCAGAAGAAAGUGUGGCCAGUACUGGCCUUUAGAAAAAGACUCUCGGAUCCGAUUUGGCUUCCUCACAGUUACCAAUCUAGGUGUGGAGAACAUGAACCAUUACAAGAAAACAACACUGGAAAUUCUCAACAUGGAGGAGCGGCAGAAACGCCAGGUGACCCACUUCCAGUUCCUGAGCUGGCCAGAUUAUGGCGUCCCUUCCUCAGCAGCUUCCCUCAUUGACUUUUUGAGAGUGGUCAGAAACCAGCAGAGUCUGGCUGUGAGCAGCAUGGGAGGACGCCCCAAAGGGCAGUGUCCUGAGCCACCCAUUGUGGUUCAUUGCAGUGCAGGCAUUGGCAGGACAGGUACCUUCUGCUCACUGGACAUCUGCCUGGCACAGCUGGAGGAGCUCGGCACCCUUAAUGUGUUCCAGACAGUGUCACGCAUGAGGACCCAGAGGGCCUUCAGCAUCCAGACCCCUGAGCAGUACUAUUUUUGCUACAAGGCCAUCCUGGAGUUUGCAGAGAAAGAGGGCAUGGUGUCCUCUGGCCACAACCUGCUGGCCAUGGAGGGUCAGUAACUCUCCCAUGAGCCUCCUACCUGCUGGCCAGCCUUCCUUAAAUUAUCCUGGACACCGCUGAGCCUAUAGGUUGCCAACAGUUAUGCUGAAGCCAUGGAUCAACCUCUUUGUCUACUGGCACACAUGUGCACACAAGGCAGUCUUUCCCUUUGGCUAGAUAAAUGUGGUCAGUUUGCCACUAGAAAGGGCCAGCAGCAAUGUGUUCUUAAUUCCUAGCACCUGCUAUCAAACUGUGCCUUAUUAAAACCAAAUUGUGGCUAUUGAUUUUUGCCAGGGGCCCAAGGUAAGUGGGGAAGGAACCUCCCUCCCCCUUUCCCAAUUUCAUUCUCCUUCUGGAGGUCUCCUCUCUCCCACUCCUUCCCUUUGCUAAGAUUUUAUGGGAAAGUUUGGCAAGUAUUCACCUUCUACCCCAAGAGCUUGACCAAGUUACAUAUUCUACAGAUCAUCCUGAGUGCCAAGCACGUUUAUACAUAGGGCGUGUAUUCCAAUCUUUUCUGUCAGUCUGUGUGUGUGCGUGCGUCUGUGCACUUAUGUGUAUGGGUCCACAUGUACGUGUAUAUAAUAUAUAUUGUAUGUGAUAAUAUGAUCGUAUUCUAUAAAUACAUAUACACACAGAUACUCCUCUGUAGAAGUUCCUGGGGCUCCAUGUUGUAGUUAGGACUCCUUGUUUCUUAGGCCCUAUUGUUUAUCCUGGAGUUGCUGGAUUUGGGGAUCACAUCUCCUGUUGUCGGACCACGGAGUGGUGAAAGAGGACACACACACACACAUAUCUCCUCUGUGUUCUUGCCAUGGGCCCUCACCCUUUACUAAGGACUUAACCUCCCUCCGGAUGCUGCAUGUUGGAGCCAAGGAUGUUGGUUUGUGGUGACAUGGGGUUAAGUCAGCACAGAUUGCCCUUAUCAUUGAUUAUUGUUCUCUUUUUACUUGGCUAUUUUGGGGAACAGACCUCCACUGUGAUUCCAUGUUCUCUCUUUCCUCUCACUACCCCAGGGAUGCAAAACGAGGGGUAGGGAUGAACUCACUGAGGAGCCAGAGCCAAAAGCAAGCGGUACGAAGUCUUAGAAGGAAAGAAGGGGAGCCCAGGUGUAAGAGAGGACACUACUAUGAGAAUCCCUCCCUGGGAGAAGAAACUGGGGCCCUUUUUUCUUUGGUGGAUGGUUCCUUUUCUUAUGCAGUUGGGCCCUGUCUACUGAGAUGCCCAUUUCUGUCUGCUAGCCUGCCAGACCCUAGAACUCAAGCUCGGUGGGUUCUGUGCCAAUAAAAAGUUUAACUCUCUGGCUGGGUGAAGUGGUUGUCUACCCACUGCACCCAGUCCCUUUCUGCUCCCAGUCCACCCAUCCUGAUGUGCCAGGGAUGAAAUCAAGAGUCCCCAGCACUCCACAUUCCUAAGAAAAUUCUAGGAACCUUAAAUGUUCCCCCAUCACAGAAGAGGUUGGUGGCUGAUCAGACCUCAAUAAUUUUAUACUGUAAUAAGUUCUUUGAAUAUGCAUAUUCUUAUUUUUUACAAUCAUUUCAUUUUGUAUUUAACAUCAAUGGACUGAGUCAGAUUCAGAAAAUAGUUGUAAUGUUCAUA